CUGUACAUGGUGACAGUGUUGUUGUAUACGUGUGUUUAUCCGCCAAGCUGAUGCUAGUGCCUGUUGACAGUUGAGAGUCGUGCGUAGCGAUCUUACCUGUAGACCGGACCAGAUCUGAACUGCAUCAAGCACACAGCCGCUGUGGGAAUCAACCUGUUUUCAGCAGCAACUGCAGAUAUUCGUCGGGAGUGUCUUCGUAUUCAGCAACCUUCACCAUGUAUUCGAGAUUCCGGGGAAACAACAACAGCAGCGAAAUACUCUCAAGAAGAGCUCGCAGGAGCCGCCGGAUGAACUAUGCUAGUUCGGUCCGGAUGUACAACAGCUCCAUCUUCAAACCCCGAGCGUCAGAGCGUGACAUAAAACUUCUACCCCCUCCAGACCCCACCAAGACGAAAGAGUUGCCUAUACGUGAAGCUCCAGAGGAGAAGGAACCGGAGAAGGUUGAGGUUGAGAAGAAGGAACUGGAGACGAAGCUUCACGUCACCGGAGUCGACCUCCACAUUGCCGAAAAUGCUAAGGAGCACCACACGGACAUGUACGAAUGUGCGCAAGAAGCCGAAGGGAGAACAGCAGAGUUGGUACUCCGUAGAGGUCAGGAGUUCAAGAUGACCAUCACCUUCGACAGGCCGUAUGACAUCAAGAAGAAUGACAUCAGGCUGAUGUUUAAUUUGGGUGACGAAUACAAAGCAAACAAAAGACUGAACCAGAGCUUCAAGGUUGACGAGACCGGGGCAACUAAAUACAAGCCCAAGAAAUGGGGUGCUACGGUCACCGGUCAGGAGGGUAACACCCUCACACUGUCCGUCUUCGUUCCCGCAUCAACACCCAUCGGCGAGUGGGAGUUUGCUGUCAAGACCGUGGUGGACGUGAAGGACGGCAAGGAUCUGUUCUGGCAGUACAACCACACAGCCGACUACAUCAACAUCAUCUUCAACCCAUGGUGCAAAGAGGACUGGGUGUACAUGGAUGACGACAUCUGGAGGACAGAGACGGUCCUCAACGACAACGGCACUCAAUACUAUGGCACCUACAGAAAGGUCGGCGUCCGAUCCUGGGCCUACAACCAGUUCAAGUACGGGAUAUUGGAUGCUGCUCUUCAUCUCGUGAGGAAAGCUUUCGGGUUCAAGGCCACACCCGCCAUGGCGAGCCCAGUCCUUGUCUCCAGGAUGAUAGCGGGGAUUGUGAACGCCCCGGACAACGGCGGGGUCCUGGUGGGCAACUGGAGCGGCGACUACUCUGGCGGCAAGAAGCCUACGUCCUGGCAAGGAAGCGAGACGAUUCUGUUGGAGUACAUGAAGACAGGGAAACCAGUGCGGUACGGCCAGUGCUGGGUGUUUUCCGCUGUCACCACUGCGGUGUGCAGAGCUAUUGGACUGCCUUGCCGCAGCGUCACCAACUACGCCUCCGCCCACAACACCGACCUGGAGCGGCUCAGCAUUGACGUCAUUAAAAAAAACGUGGACGGAGACGUUGAAGAGAAAACGGAUGAUUCCGUGUGGAACUUCCAUGUGUGGAAUGAGGUUUACAUGAGACGCCCGGAUCUGAACACGGACGACAUGAAAUACGACGGAUGGCAUGCCGUUGACGCCACGCCCCAGGAACGUAGCGAGGGUGUUUAUACUUGCGGUCCCUCUCCUGUGGCUGCCAUCAAAGAAGGUCACUUGAGGGUGGGCUACGACACCAGCUUCAUCUACGCCGAGGUGAACGCCGACAAGGUCGAAUGGAAGAACAGCAAAGUGCUUAAAAAGCUUGUGGAGUCAAAGCGCAUCAGAAAUGCAGUCGGGAAGAAGCUGAGCACCCACCAGCCUACAGGAAAGUCCUACGUCGCACCAUCAUUCGGCAGCUUCUUGUUUGGAACCGAAAACUUGGAAAGAGAAGAUGUCACAGAUACGUACAAAUACGAAGAAGGCUCUGACAAGGAGAAGGCGAUUCAUCGUGCUGCAGAAAAGCUAUUCCGACUGAUGAACGGCCUCGAGGAAGAGAGCGAUGACGAGCAUGAAGAAGAAGAGUGCAGCAGCCUGGCCAUUGAAAUAGACGAAAUGGAGGACAUCCUAGUGGGCUCCGCUUUCACCUUUAAGCUGAAGGUCAAGAACACUUGCAAGAAAGAACGUACCGCCCUUGUCAGACUGAAGGUGUUGUACAAAACGUACUUCGACUCUGUCACAGGGAUCGCGGCUCUCAAGAAGUUUGACGAGACCAAACUUAAGCCUGGUGCCAGCCAGGAAUUCACGAUAACAGUAGAUGAACAUCAAGCAAACCAGAGGCCGCAAGAUGACUUCAACUUCGAGCUGAAAGCCGUCGCGAUUUGCAAAGAAGAUGAAGAUGACAUCGCUACAGAGGAGAUGGACUUCCGUAUGAGGAGACCCGAUCUUGAACUCUCGGGCCCGGCGACAUGCGGCUUGUUCGACACCAUCAAAGUCGACGUCUCCUUCACAAAUCCCCUGAAACUGGCGCUGACCAACUGUGUGGUCAAUUUUGCCGGAGGCUUCGAUGGAGUUGGUACUACCAAAGACAUUAUGAAACUUAGCAACAUCGGCUCUGGCAUGUCAUGGAACACUACCCUCAGUCUCCGCCCUCAGGUUCAACCCCGCGGACAGCCCUGUCGAGCACUCAGUAUCGGGUUUGAUUCAAAGGAACUCGGUGACAUCACAGGAAAAUAUUCAAUAGAACUUAAGGAAUCAAAUUAACACGGUACUGGGUACAGUUGUAGAACUGGGAUAUGUUAUAGAGCAGGUGCUCUCUUAGACUGGGUUUGCGCCUGUCGUACUGUAACCUGCAAUCCAGUAACCUUCAAUACCGUAAACUACAGUACAUUAAGUGUGAGCCUCUUUUUCUUCACCAAGUUUAUAUUAUCUAGACUAGUUUAUAACAGUUAGUACCUAUGCAUGAUGAUGUCUCCAAGUAUCAUGAAGUUAUUUAAUUAUACUAGAAGCAUUACAAAUAUACUAGAAACAUUACAAUUAUACUUGAAGUAUUACAAUUAUACUAGAAGUAUUAUUGUUCAUGUAAUUACGACCUUGUGUUCCUGAUGACAUUUCCUGCAAGAGAAGGUUAUCCAGUAAAUGAAAAUAUAGAACAUACUUGGUAGAUCCGAUGCUUUGAAUAUUAACUUGGUGCGCUCUGUUCAUUCUACAGUUGAUCGUGUCUUGAUUCUUUUAUCUCUGUAGUUUGUUCCAUCCAAUCAAUAUCCAAAUGAUUUUGGUGUUAUGUGUUGGUAAAAUGGGUCAUGAAACUGAUACGUCUAGUGGAUGUUACUCUGAAAUAGUAAGACACCAUCUCACGAAUGGGCACCAGUUGAGAUAUAGCAUAAAUGAUGGUUACGAAAUAACAUCAUGUUCACAGAAAAUUAACUGUACCCGCUUGAUGCGUGAUCUCAUUUCCAUGAGGACAAGGAAAGGAAACACCGAUUCAGGUGGAUCCACAAAGGUUCCCCUGCCUAUACAGAUGCACAUAUUAGCGGUACCUUUUGAACGUCGAGGCACAAUUAUUAUUUUACUGCACAUUGGCACCAUGGGGACAAUCAGCGUAUCUGUAUGCGACUGUUAGGUCAUUUGAGAAGAACAUCAAAUUAUGUAAGUCUACUGUGAUCAGACAUAUGGAACUCAUCAGGGAGGGAUAGGUUUGAUGCACGUUUGUAUCAGGAGAUUUGAUAUGUUCCAAGGUCAUUGUUACGGGCAUAUCCUGGGCAACUGUAAGAUAAGUGUCAGUCAUAUCUUAUUAUUAAUCAUUGUACUUGAGUCAUCUCUCAUCUUUUCAAAGGCGGUGAGGUAAUCUAGUGGUUAAAGCGUUCGCCCGUCACACCAAAGACCAAGGUUUGAUUCCCCACAUGGGUUCAAUUGUGAAACGUAUUUUGUGAAGCCCGCUGUGAUAUUGCUCGAAUAUUGCUAAGAGCGGUAAAAGCUUAACUCAGUCACACCCUCGCUCAAAUUUUCACUUUCAUCUCAAUAGGUAUGCUGGCAAUGUCGGCAGGUGAAAUGAUACAUUUUGUCAAAUAUUGAGAAAUUCAGGUUUAGUUUUAUCCAUAUAUGCAAUGUUGUUGACUUUCAACAAUGUUAUAAUCGCUUGGCCCUAACAACCAAGGUGUGCCUUCCAUCGGUAAAGCAUUCCGAGUAUCUCAGAGACACAGUUUUGGGGCAGAAGCGUGAGUUUUUCCAUGUUAUGUCUUCGUGAUGUUAUCUCUGGUGUAUGCAGCAAUAUUGUCUACUAUUACAUUUGUCUCUUUCAUUCCAAUAUGUUUACAUGCAAACCAAGUGUUGGAACUAUAUGUAUAUUUUGUAUGUAUACAAAUAGUGUUAACAUUUUCUGUCAAUAAAAUUGGCUUAACUCAUGAA